GUUUUUUAACACCGAUUCAGUUUAUAUGCCAAUCAAUAUGUGGCGUUGGAUAUUUAUUUGCAGUUUAACAUAUCUUUCGUCUCUGGAAUCACAAAUCAUCGUAUCAGAGCGAGUGCCAGUUAAUGGCCCUCCAAUAACCAGCGAUCCAGUAGACAACCCGCUCGGUGAACCUGAGGUCAGGAUAGUGGGGGGUGUCAAUACCACAUGCACAGAAUUCCCCCACCAAAUUAGUUUCAUUGUGAACAACUCGUUCUUCUGUGGGGGGUUCAUCGUCAGUGAACGGUUCAUUCUCACAGCCGCACAUUGCGCUCAAAACGUGGACCCAUCAACCGUAGUAUUACGAGCUGGAAGCACUUUUCGUAGAAAUGGUACUAUUAUACCAAUCAUAGAAGUCAUUCCACACCCUGAAUAUGAUAAUCCACCGUUUGACAAAGAUAUAGCUGUAAUGAAGACAGAAGAAACUAUACAGUUCAAUUCCUGCACACAACCAAUUGCUCUACCACCUAAAGGAUUGACAGCGAGAGCUGGGAGUAAAAUACUUGUGAGCGGAUGGGGACGCACACAGGAAGGCGCUUCGACAAUACCUGAGCGGCUGAUGGCAGUCAACUUAACGGUAGUAGACCGCAGAGCCUGCCGGCUUGCAUACAUCGCGGAUGUUAACAUAACAAGGAACAUGUUGUGCGCCGGUAACUUUUUCCUGGGAGGAGAGAGCACCUGUCAGGGAGACUCAGGAGGUGUGGGUUCGAUCGAUGGUGUAGCCCGUGGUAUCGUUUCAUUUGGCCGGGGCUGUGGAGAGCCGCUAUCGCCCAGCGUCUUCACGGACAUCUCCGCUCCCAUGAUGAGAGACUUCAUUACACAAUAUACAGGACUUUAGAUUAAGACGUGUUAAAGAAAUUUAAACUUUUUCUUUAAUAGCAAAUGUUAAAUAUCUUUAUGACACCGAAAUGCGUUAAAAAGUCUGUAAUGUUUUUUUAUUUAUAUUUAUUUUGCUUUUACAAUGAUACGUGUAGUUAGUAUUGAAAGAAAUCCGUUCAAAUUUUAGUCAAGUUGUAGAAACUUAAUAGGAAAUAUUUAAACACUGUUAAUCUUUUCAUAAUUGUUUAGUUGAUUUGAAGGAAAAUAGUUUGCAUGACAAUAGCAAAUACCGACAUAGGUAUAUAUUAAAGUGCUAUUUUAAACA